UGUUCCUUCAAUUACACAACACUUUUCUCUUCUCUUCUUCCUCACACACAAAAAAAAAACAGAUUCUCUCUACUCUCUCUCCGAAUCCCUAAAUCAAAAGCUAUGCAGCAAGACCCGAACUCCAGACCCGCACCGGCCACUGGAUACCCCUACCCGUAUCCUUACCCGAACCAACCCCCCGCAUCCACCAACGGCUACCCUCCAACCGCCUACCCAUACCAAAACCACAACCCUCACUACGCGCCACACCCCGAUCCACGCGCCCUCCUAAUCCGCCGCCUCUUCCUAGCCCUAAUGGUCUCAAUCCUCAUCUUCGGCCUCAUCCUCUUCACCUUCCUCCUCAUCGUCCGCCCCCAACUCCCAACCGUCUACCUCAACUCCCUCUCCGUCUCCAACUUCUCCGUCUCCGACAACCACCUCACCGGCGCCUGGGACCUCCGCCUCCGAUUCCUGAACCCUAACUCCAAGAUGUCUCUCUACUACGACACCGUCCUCUGCGCCGUGAAUCACGGCGACGAGUCUCUCUCCGAGACGCGGUUGCAGCCGUUCGAUCAGGGGACGAAGGUUGAGACUCCGGUCAACGCGACGCUGUCCGUGGUUGGGACUUACGUGGGAGGGCGAGUGGUUGAUUCGAUUGGGAAGGAGAGGGCGGAGAAAGGGAGAGUGGAGUUUGAUUUGAGGAUGGCUUCUUUGGUUACGUUCCGGUAUGGAGUGUACCGGAGGAGGAGGUACGUUACGGUUUAUUGUGAUGACGUGGCGGUUGGUGUUUCGGGGAAUAGUAGUUCGGGGAAGAUGGUUGGGGCGGAGAUGAGAUGCAAAUGUUAUUGAAUCAAGAAUUUGAUUACAUUUAGGGAUUUUACAAUUUAGGGGUUUAUUUUAACCGAUUCCGGAGAUUAUUGAAUGUAAAGAUCGACGAUGGUAUUUUCCAAUGUGGAUGAAUGAAUAUUCAUGUUGAGAACGAAACAAAAGAAUUGUUUUUAGAUAAUGUCUUAUUUUGUUGAUGAUGAUUGACGAUAGUCUAACUUGAACUGUGUUUGGAAUGAUUUUGGUGCUUUUGAGUUCUUAUCUUGGUGAUUCAUUCUUGGGUUUUUAACUUUUCUCCUUGUGGUGAAGUCGAAAAUGAAGAAUCCUGGAGGCUGUAGCAUGAUUGAGUCAAUUUGUUACAAUGUAUCAAGAUUGGAUCGUUAGGUUAAGUAAAAAGCCAGUGUAGAUACUAGAUAUGCUUAGUGUUGUUGGAGAAGGCUGAGAAUUUGUGGGUAAUAAUUACUUAUUUCUUAGUAUUUUGUUUAAGGCCAUGCUCUGGUUUCUUCUACCUUCAAGUUUUGUUUUGUUGACUGUAGAUGUGGUCAUGAUACAUUGUUGCGUGUUUUUUAAUAUAUUUACUCCCUGGAUAUGCUGCUGAAUGAUGUUUUAUUUCGUAUACAUCGCUUUCGAACAGUGUGAUAUUGUUGUUUUGGAUUGGUCAGUAAGAGAUGAUUAAGGGAUAAUGUUUUCUGAAUGGUUC